UUUCCGGCCAAAAUCUCUAACGAUUCCACCUCAUAGCUGCACGACGCCACGUCCUGCUCCAGUCUGCAGAUAUGUUCGCCAUCAAUCUCUGCGGUAAAGUAAAUCCACCGUCUAUAAGUAAAUUUUAUUGUUAUAAAAAAUAAAAUAGUAGACCGGUCACAGAUGAUUUUAGGAUAAAAUUCUCAACCAAAAAAUAUAUUGAAAAAAGAUAAUUUUCCGGUUUUAAUAAAUUUUGCCUUGAAUCCCCGCCCAAAAAUCCCAAACCCCACAAAUCUCCUCUCUUUCCUUAAUUCUACACUUUAGAAAGGUCCAAAAAGGAUACACCGAUGGCGGAAGCGGGAUCCGACCUCCAGCUCACCACCGCCGCCGCUCCCCCCGUGACCGCCGCCCCAAGCGGCGGCCAAUCCGGCCGAUUCCUCCGGUUCAGCAGGCCGAAGUUUCGUGUGACGUCGGAGUACGACAGCGACAGCUCCGUUUUCCUGCACAAGGCGUCUUGUAAAUUGUUGGACAAUUUGGCCAAGUUGAAGGUGUCUUUCCAGAACAACAGCAAAGGGGAAGUAUCGGAACCCCAAGUCUCCUUCACUUCCAAGUACUUUUCGCUGUUGUACGAUGUCGAGGAGAGCGAUGCACUGGUCAAGGCGCAGAUUGAAAUUGCGCCUGGAUUCGAGCUUAAAGCUACCCGUCAAGUCAAGGCUCAACAUGGAGAGAUUGCAAUGGUUGCAGAUCUUGCAGGAUCAGCUUACAAACUUGAAUUGUCAUCUGCCGUUCCAUCUGUAGGCAUGCCAAGAGCAACUUUUAAGUUUCCUCAUGGUGAAGUUUCAUUAGAGGAGAAAGAGGAGGAAGAAGAGGAACCGAACAAAACUUUGUCAGUGAGUGGUAUCGUUAAAAGUCAUAUUCUCAAUGGAGUCUGCACUGCGCGAUACAAUGAGGAAAAUCUGGAAUUAAGAUAUGCAUUUAAGGAUGAGCAACUGACUUUCGUCCCGAGCAUUUCUCUGCCUUCGAACGCGGUUUCCUGUGCAUUUAAGAGGCGUUUCAGUCCUUCAGAUAAGAUGAGCUAUUGGUACCAUUUUGACUCAAACAACUGGAGUACCGUCUACAAACACACAGUUGGAAAAGACUACAAGUUUAAAGCUGGCUAUGAUUCUGAUGUGCGACUUGGUUGGGCAUCUCUUUGGGUUGGAGAUGAAGAUGGCAAAGCCAAGACAGCCCCUUUGAAGAUGAAGGUGCAGUUCAUGCUCCAAGUUCCUCAAGAUGAUAUAAAGACGUCGGUUUUGAUGUUCCGUGUGAAGAAGAGAUGGGACAUUUAGUAUUGUACACUGCAUGUAAGUCGUCGGUUUUGAUGUUCUGUGUGAAGAAGAGAUGGGACAUUUAGUAUUGUACACUGCAUGU